AUGGCCACUACAUCGAGCAAAGGUACUGAUGGUGAACAUAUCGAGGCCGCACCUGUCCAAAGAAGAGGCAGGUUUGCCAGGCACUGCAGGCAGCGGUGGUGGGUCUGGCUGGCAGCCUUCUGCUUGUUUGUUUUGGUCAUUAUGAUCAUUAUUGUUUACGCCAUCCUCCCAGCUGUUUCUCAGAAGGAGCUCGAUAAAACACAUCUUACUCUCCAGAGUUUGGAGAUUCGGGACCCUACUGCCACUUCAUUCUCCCUAUCCAUAAAUUCAACCAUAUCAGGAGCCUCAGGGAUAGCAAGUCACGCAAAACUGGAUCCUAUGACUGUCAACUUCUACCUCCCGGACUCAGAGGAUGCCUUCAUGUCGCUCCCGCUGCCUGGGAUCAGUGGUGGUGGUGAUAUUCCAAUUAUUGUGCAGGAUGUACACACUGAGAUUGCCGAUAUGAAACAGUUCGGAGGCUUUGCUGGAUUGUUGCUUAGCAGCAAGGAGUUGAGCUUUGAUAUAAAGGGACGGACCACAAUUCAUGUAGGGAAGCUUCACACCAAGGUUAACUACAAUGAGGUUGUGGAGUUGAAAGGUUUCAAUAAACUUGAGGGGAUGGAAAUCCAAAGUUACAGCAUCAUCAGUAACGACUCCGAUGCCAACCUCGGCGGAAAGGUGUUUAUCCCUAACCCCACAGUUGCAACAAUCGAGAUGGGGAACGUGCACAUCGCUCUAUCGCUCAACGGUCAGGCUCUCGGCUUUGGUGUGAUUCCCAACCUCACAAUUUCACCUGGUGAUCGCCAAUACGACUUCAGGGCCAACUUUACUGAAGCGGCAAUGAGGUCACUUAUUGGAGUCAUUGUGACCGGGAAUGCUGCACUGAAUGUGGUGGGCAAUGGAACGGAGGUUGAUGGCGUGGACAUUCCCUGGCUUACAGCCCCUCUGGGUGCCUUGAAUGUUACUGUGCCAAUAGUUACUUCUUCUUAA